CGCUACUUUCCGCAAGUUGGCGCUGGCAACACUGUCUGGGAUGUUGACACUGGCGGCCGUUGUUAUGAAGUCCACAUCAGGGUUUGUAUGUAGUGCCAUCAAGAAGUGAAUAAGGCAUUACUACCAUGGUGGUGACCGGUCCAAUGGAAGCCGGUCAUGGCAUAAACAUGGAUGGUGGUGGGCGGGGCAUCUCAACCACCGUGUUGUUGACAGAAUUAGACCGCUUCCUGAAUCUGGCUUUGACAACUUCUGACAAGAGAAGCCAUGGUGGAAGAAGAGAUGCCAUCAGUGAGGGAGAAGAACAGACGACUGCAGAAACUGCACUCUUCCUCUUGCGUAACUUGCCUCCAGCACGACCUGCAGCUCUGGCAUUUUUGGCGCAUACAUUGUCCAGACAGGUAUCGUCUCACAUGCGAGGAUACAGUGCUGGAGAUAGUUCUCGAAAAACUGAGAAUGCAGAUGAUGGACUCUCUGGACAACUUGAAAGCUUGUUAGGAGACCUUUUGGAAUCCACUCCAGGGGUCUGGGGACCUCUUGUUAGUCAAUGGGCUGUAGAACAGCUGGGGCGAUGGUCCGUCGAGUUUGCUAACACAGUAGUGGGUAGAGGCGAUGCUACUCUGGAAGAGGUAGUUGCUGGUUGGCUGUCGUGUAGCCCUGCACGUACUUUAGCUUCUCUCACUGUGGUGUGCGUGGCUCAUGAUCCAGACACUGCUGUUGCCGCUCUUCUUGAUGCAAGUGCUGCUAGUGGACCAGCCCUUGAUUGGCUAGUAGCACAUGUUGGCUGUUCCUUCCCAGCUACUGUCAUAAGUCGAGUGCUGGCUCUAGGUCUCCGAAGUUUUGCAACUUGUCAUGGUCGACCACCUGAGCACCAGCUGGCUAGCGUUAACAAGAUCCUAAGUCACUUGGCAGAUCGUCAUUUGCCAGAUAUUCGGCGGAGUUUACAUGCAAUUUUGCUCCGUACCUUUAAUGGAGCAUCAGAUCCUGAAACAAAGGCAUCAGUUCCAUUUUUGUUGUGCCUAGCUGUAACCAGUAGAUCAAGGGCAGUGUUGGCUGCUCUCACUUCUGGUUUAGAUACACUCUUGAUGCCAAGUGACCAUCUUGCAGCACUGGCUGUUCAAGUAGGAUGGUGGGUUCCAAAAUACUUUACAUCACAUAGCCAACUACAAGAAAUGGUGGUUCACUUAGUAUUGGAUACAGGUGGAUCUGCUGCACCAUCUCUUCUGCGCCUUCUGCUACAGGGUGCAGCAUCUGCUGCAAAAUUACCCCCAGCUGUUGCUUCUGCUGUUAAUAAUAUAUUGCAAGGUGUGGUUGGAGAGAUAUGCAUGGUUACCUACAUGAGGAGAAAUGCCGGGUCUAAUCGUAUUCACAUACCAUUCCUGGUGGGUCUUCGAGGAGGUGGGUUAGAUGGAAGUGAUGUGGGAAUGGCAGUAGGUGGUAAAGCCAUAUCUCCUGUUGCUGGACUUGUAGAGGAAACCUUAGCAAAUCCUGGUUGCCAAGCUGUAAUUGGUCAUUUGAAGCAGUUGAUCACACUAGUAGUAGUACAACAAGGACCUGCAACAGCUACCACCACGCUCGGUCAUUUGUUACAUUGUCGCACUCAAGAUGGAACAGUUGGCCACCAGCAAAUUCUCUCGGCUGUCAUCACAGCUCUAAUGCUAAAUCAGGUUGUCCAACAUGCACCAAACUCACCACUGUCCACUGCACUUGCCGGGGCACUUCAACCUCAAACAGAGUCUUCUACUAUCCUGACUUCACUGAAUUGUUUGGAGACGUUACUUUGUCGAGGACGUAAGGAAAAAUUGCACAUUCAUCCAACACUUACAGAGGCCAUUUUGAUAAAUAUUCCUCUGUUAGCUGAACUUAUUAAUAAUCCAGCUCUUGGCACAGCUGCUGUGCAAGUGCUUUGCCAAUUGCCUUUGAAAAAACCAAUUCCUGUAGGUCAUAUCUUAAGUUUGAGCCAUGCUACUAUUUUUUACUUUUUCAGCAGCCUACACGAGUCCAGUGUUACCAAGAAGGUUUGUAAUAUUGGGAGGUGCCAGCGUGUGUUAAGUCAGUUGGCUCACUCGUCUCUUGCUCUCAACCAUAUUAUUCGACUACUUGUUGAAGGUGUGUUCAGGCCCGAGUGUGCUCAUCUUUUUGGUGCACAGAAAGAAGCUCACCUUGAUUUCAAGAACAUUCCAGGAGAAAUGUUGAUCCAAGCCAAUAGACAAUUUAACUCAUGGGUAAAAGUUCCACAAUCUCACACUAGUAUCUUUCACAUGGGUAUUAUUGGAAAUGGAAGGCCUGUACAACACCACCAGUACACUACUCUCCCACCUGAUAUAGUGAGACUUCACACCCAGCUCCUGCUUAAUACUCUUAGUAUUUGCUGUUCUUCUCAAGGCAAUGGCGAAGGAGCUUCAACUGUUGCUCUUCUUUUAGUAGAGCUAAUAUCACCAGAUAUCAUGUUCAAUGGGUUUCCUUGGCCAGAAGAGUAUAUCAAAUUUACUUUUGAGAGAGAUCUGGCCAUUAAGAAAACUUUUGAAGAUUUUCCUAUAGCAUGGUCCCUUCUGGAAUUUGUGGCCACUUACCGUGCUGCCCUUAGUUACUGCUCUGUUCUUGUCCGAGCACUAACAGCUGCUCUUACUGCAUUUUGGAAUACUUGUCCCCUUUCUAGAGCCAAGCAAGCUCCAGAGGCUCUGUAUGCUACACGAUACCUUCUCGAUGUAAUGGUUACAGCCCAGUUCUUGCCGGGUCCAUUGGGAGUGUUGCCACAGAUGGUUGACAACUUGGCACCAUUUGAGUUAGUAUGUAUACUUCAGGAUGUAUGGAUGUACAUGCGUGACCACACUCCCUCUCCAGAUCGAUGGCUUGAGUUACCUUCUGGGCACCACCAACGUACUUCUGAUCCUCCUAUGGGUUCAUGCUAUACGGAGCGUAUUCAACGUAUUAUUCAGUCAAAUGUGGCAACAUUAGGUCAUCUCAUGACUUUUAUGGUGAAUGCAGGAGUGUGAAUAGUUAUUGUAUUAUAUGAGUUAUAUUUGAGUGUGUAAACAAUAGAAAUGGCUUUUAGGAAGUGUUUUGUAACAUCUUAUUACUGUAAUGAGAGAAAUCUAAAUUUUAAUUCAUGUGAUUGCAGUAAAUUGUGACCUCACA